GGACCAUGAAACAACAAGAUUAUCACCCAAAAAUACACAAUAGCCAAAUGUGUGGAGGGACUAGUGUCUGGACAUUCAGCGAAUCAGCAUAGCAUCCGAAUAGGCGUGCAAGGCGGUGAAGCUAGCACGGCUAGUGUUCGACAAAAAGCCUCAAUGGCGAAACCGGCACAGCUGUCGAAGAUAUCGCUCGCCUUCCUCCGCCUCACGAGUCCAGCCUCUAUCUCCAUGCUAUCCUCCGUCUCCGUUCACUCGAAGCCGAGAACCGUGGCGGCGCUCAAGCGUUUCUCCACAACCUCCACCCCGUACCCACUCCAAUACGAGAUGAUCGUGUCUCGCCCGGUUGACCCCAUGCGCCUCCGUGGUCGCCGCCGUAACCCACAACACCCCAUCACAAAUUCCAAAACCACGGAUUCUCCCGACCCCGAUUCGGAACAUGGAUUCGAUAAUUGGGUCGAAAGGAAAUUGGCUUCAAAUUCUUCUUCUUCUUCUUCAUCAAGGAGUGAGAUGGGAAUGGAUAAGGCUAAAAGGAAGUAUUACAACAAGAGGAGGAAAAGGAUGUUCGGGUCGGACUCGGAAGACGAGGGUGAUCGCAGGGAUGGUAGUGAAUUUGUGGAGCUGAAGCAGGAAGUUGUUGAGAUGCGUACAUUGCACAAGAAAGAGGAGGAGUUGUAUUUCUAUGAUGCAUUUACUUAUCCUUGGGAGAAGGACAAGCAUUAUAAGAUGGUUUAUCAAUUGGAGAAGAAGUUUUUUCCUGAUCAGUGUUUCGAUAAGGCUUUUCUUGAGCCAGGUCAGUCCAAUGAGAAGAUUACUACAAGGAAGGGGAAAAUGAGAGCCGGAGAGACAGAAGAUGGUAAAGGGGAAAGUGUGGGUAGCCAAGAAGACAAAGGAUUGGUGUUUUUUGAGACUGAUGAAGUGGGAAAUGAAAACACAGAGGGUGUCUGUAAGAAGGGUGUGAAAGUGGAUGUUUCAGAGAAGAAAGUUGAGGAGUUCUUUAAGUGCUUGAAGAAAGUCCCGAAUCACCCAGACACCGGGGUUUCCGGGGUUUCUAGUGCAGAGCCCUUCCUUUCUUCAAGGAGUAGAGGGCUUCCUCCAAAGUGGGAUAGCCCUGCUGGGACUGUUGUUUUAGUGAACAAGCCAAAAGGUUGGACUUCAUUUACGGUUUGUGGAAAGUUGCGCCGCCUAACCAAAGUGAAAAAGGUAGGACAUGCCGGGACCCUUGAUCCUAUGGCAACUGGUUUAUUGAUUGUAUGCAUUGGUAAAGCUACAAAGCUGGUUGAUAGAUACCAGGGUAUGAUCAAGGGCUACAGUGGAACUUUUCGUCUAGGAGAAGCCACCUCUACUUGGGAUGCAGAUUCCCCGGUUAUUCAACGUGAGCCAUGGGAGCACAUCAAGAACGAGGAUCUAAGGAAGGCUAUUGCAUCCCUUUCUGGGGAGAUAUGGCAAGUCCCUCCUAUGUUUUCAGCCAUCAAAGUUGGUGGUGAAAGGAUGUAUGAUAAAGCAAGAAGGGGCGAAAGCAUCGAACUUUCCCCAAGGAGGGUAUCGAUAUUCCAGUUUGACAUUGAGCGGAGUUUAGAGGACAGACAAAAUGUGAUUUUUCGGGUAGUAUGUUCAAAAGGGACAUAUAUUCGGUCACUUUGUGCGGAUUUUGGGAAGGCUCUGGGCAGUUGUGCUCACUUGUCAGCUUUACGGAGAGAUUCAAUUGGAGAAUACAAAGCCGAUGAUGCUUGGGAUUUUCAAGAAUUGGAAGAAGCGAUAACUAAAGGAUACAUGUAGACUAAUCUAUUCAGUUUCCCAAGGAACUCUUUUACUAUAGGAGCCUAGAAGGGGACCAAGGUGCAAGUGGAGAAGACCCGAAUUUUUUUAGCCUAAAUAUCGUUACGAAGUAGAGUAGCCGCUUUCUUUCUUCAUUUUUUCCAUUCAAGGGUGUCCCUUGGCCUUGUUCUUGGAGUAAAAUCCAAUAAUUUACCAUGGUAUUC